UGGGCCCCAAGGCCCUGCUAAUGCAUAUUCACCCUUCUUCACCUCCAAAUCAGUUCCCUAACAUAUAUAUUUUUAAAAGAAAUCUAAGUCUUACUUUCAAAGCACACACUUAGUCUCAACUAGGGAAUCAACAGAAGCAGAAGCGAUUUUUUUUCCCCCUUCUUGACAUCUGGCUUGCGAUUGGCUGGAAGGGGGUCAGCUGACUUUGUCAUUUUGUCUGUCCUGGAUUGGAGCCGUCCCUAUAACCAUCUAGUUCCGAGUACAAACUGGAGACAGAAAUAAAUAUUAAAGAAAUCAUAGCCCGACCAGGUAAAGGCAAAGGGAUGAAUUCCUACUUCACUAACCCUUCCUUAUCCUGCCACCUCGCCGGGGGCCAGGACGUCCUCCCCAACGUCGCCCUCAAUUCCACCGCCUAUGAUCCAGUGAGGCAUUUCUCGACCUAUGGAGCAGCCGUUGCCCAGAACCGGAUCUACUCGACUCCCUUUUAUUCGCCACAGGAGAAUGUCGUGUUCAGUUCCAGCCGGGGGCCGUAUGACUAUGGAUCUAAUUCCUUUUACCAGGAGAAAGACAUGCUCUCAAACUGCAGACAAAACACCUUAGGACAUAACACACAGACCUCAAUCGCUCAGGAUUUUAGUUCUGAGCAGGGCAGGACUGCGCCCCAGGACCAGAAAGCCAGUAUCCAGAUUUACCCCUGGAUGCAGCGAAUGAAUUCGCACAGUGGGGUCGGCUAUGGAGCGGACCGGAGGCGCGGUCGCCAGAUCUACUCGCGGUACCAGACCCUGGAACUGGAGAAGGAAUUUCACUUCAACCGCUACCUAACGCGGCGCCGGCGCAUCGAGAUCGCCAACGCGCUCUGCCUGACCGAGCGACAGAUCAAAAUCUGGUUCCAGAACCGCCGGAUGAAGUGGAAAAAAGAAUCUAAUCUCACGUCCACGCUCUCAGGGGGCGGCGGAGGGGCCGCGGCCGACAGCCUGGGCGGAAAAGAGGAAAAGCGGGAAGAGACAGAAGAGGAGAAGCAGAAAGAGUGACCAGGACUGUCCCUGCCACCCCUCUCUCUCCUUCUCCCUUGCUACCCCCCCAAUUCCCUCCUAAUCACACACUCUAUAUUUAUCACUGGCACAACUGAUGUGUUUUGACUCCCUAAAACAAAAUUAGGGAGUCAAAUAUGGACCUGAAAGUCAACUCUGGACCCCCUCCCUCACCGCACAAACUCUCUUUGACCACGCGCCUCCUCCUCCUUGCUCCCUCGCUAGCUCGUUCUCGGCUCGUCUGCAGGCCCCUUCCCCCUCCCAGGCCUUGGGGGCUCCGUCCCUGAACCUCGCUUCAGACUCCACAGAUCUCCCUCCAAAUGAGGACUUGGCCUCCCACCCCCUCGGCGCCUCCACCCCCGCCCCUGCGCAGAGAGCCGGCUCCCGGGCCGGGGCCUCCGCUCCGGGGCCUCAAGGCCCGGCCUGGCAGCCGCGGAGAGCGGGAGGCCCAAGGAGGGCGCGUCGUGGCCCCACAGCAACCCCCAGGGCCUCCCCGCAGCCCCUGCCCGGCCCCUCUGCCCCAGCAAAUGCCCAGCCCAGGCAAAUUGUAUUUAAAGAAUCCUGGGGGUCAUUAUGGCAUAUUACAAACUGUGACCGUUUCUGUGUGAAUAUUUUUAGCUGUAUUUGUGGUCUCUGUAUUUAUAUUUAUGUUUAGCACCGCCCGUGUUCCACUCCCAUCUUAAAAGGGGGGAAAAAAAAAGAGGGAAAAUUACAAAAAGAGAGAAAAAAAAGUGAAUGACGUUUGUUUAGCCAGUAGGAGAAAAAAAUAAAUUUAAAAAAUCCCCCUCGUGUUACCCUCCUGUAUAAAUCCGACCUCUGGAUCCGUUCUCGAAUAUUUAA